AUGGCCAAUGUCGAGGAUACACCGCCAGGUGCCGGAACCGAGGAUACACCGCCAGUUGGCGGAACCGAAGAUGCAGAUGCGCCUGAGAAAAAAGAUACAGAUGCAGUGGAGGCACUGGAAACAGAAGAGGGGGAGACCUCAAAGGAAGCCGAAGAGCAGGCAGAAAACGAUCCAAAGGACGGAGGAGAAAAGCAGGAGGACGUCGAAGAAGAAGAUCCAUUCGAGCACCUGGACUCGAACGGCGAGGACACGGAGGAAGAGCAAUCCCUCUAUAGAGAAUACCUAUCGUUAAUCAAAGAAAUCGAUUGCCAGAAUGGCAUCAUUCAGGACCUGAAGAACCGCUCGACCGAAUUGAAGCAGAAGGCGUGCCGAUCCAGGAGCGAGAGCCAUGAAUUACAGCGUCUACUGCUGUGCCAGGAACAGGAGAAUAUACGACUCCGUACUCUGAUCAAUCGAGCCGUGCAGCUGCAGAAUUUCGGCUCCCGGCGGCUCUACGGGGAAGUGGAGCUGGAGAUAACGGACUCCGAGCAGACGGUCUUCCUGGCUGGCGCUGAGCUUGCGAAUAUGCGAUGUCCUAGCUAUUCAAAGACUGCUUCGGUGGCAGGUUCCUGGCAAUUGGAUUCAGAUUCGGACGAUGAUGGGUUUUGCAAGCCAUAG